AUGAUAAAAAAUACGGACAAAUCAAACUCUAAUGUGUUGGAAGAUUUGAAGAAGAGCAUUGAUCCAGCUAAGUCAAAUAUCUGUGUGAACUCUGUGAGGAGGGUGAAUAAUGGCAUAAUUCUUAGCUGCGAAAAUGAAGCAUCAUUGUCCAAGCUGAUGGCGAGUAUACAGGGAGAACUCGGUGCGAACUUCACUGUCAAUGAGAUCAAGAAAUAUCGCCCACGCAUGGUGAUAAAUAAUGUAGAAUGCGCCUACACAAAAUCUGAGGGAUUAAUCGAGAAGAUCUUGUCCCAGAGUGGUAUUUUUAGUAGUGAUGAUAUAAAAACUGUAACCACUUUCAGAUGUUCCGAAUCUACUUUAAAUGUUGUCAUUGAGGUUAGCCCAAAAUUUGGAAAAACGUUGCUAGAUAGAGGUCGUAUAUACAUGGGUUGA